AUGGCUGUCGAGAUGUCACAAUCGACCCAGUCGUACCGAAAGGAGGAUGUCGAAAUCGACUCCGGAUACACCUCCAGCCACUCCGACUAUUCUCCCUCAUCAUCAACUCAGUCUCUCCCUCUCAUGUCUCUCACAGCCGCUCACCUUGAGCACCUCAACAACCAACUGGAGCCCAUGCACCCCAUGGACAUCCUGCGGUUCUGCAAGAUCAUGUUCCCCAACCUGUACCAAUCGACGGCAUUCGGCUUGACCGGUCUCGUGACCAUGGACAUGCUGUCCAAGAUCCAGGACGAGAACCCCGAGUCCAACCAGGUGGAGCUCAUCUUCCUCGACACCCUCUACCACUUCAAGGAGACCUAUGACCUGAUCGACCGCGUCAAGGCCCGCUACCCCAACGUCCCCGUCCACGUCUUCAAGCCCCACGGCGCCGACAACGUCGAGGAGUUCGAGGAGACCUACGGCAAGGAGCUCUGGAGCACCUCGGACGAGCUGUACGACUGGAUCAUCAAGGUCGAGCCCCUCCAGAGGGCGUACGACGAGCUCAAGGUCGCCGCCGUCCUCAACGGCCGCCGCAGGUCCCAGGGCGCCGCCCGGGGCUCCAUCCCCAUCGUCGAGCUGGACGAGGAGCGCGGCAUCAUCAAGAUCAACCCCCUCGCCACCUGGUCCUUCGGCCAGGUCAACGCCUACAUCAAGGAGCACGACGUGCCCUACAACGCCCUGCUCGACCAGGGGUACAAGUCCGUCGGCGACUGGCACUCGACCAGCCCCGUCAAGGAGGGCGAGGACGAGCGCGCCGGCCGGUGGAAGGGCCAGAACAAGAGCGAGUGCGGCAUCCACAACAAGAAGUCCAGGUACGCCCAGUUCCUGGAGGACAAGGAGCAGAAGGCGGCGGAGGAGCAGCCACAGCAGCAGCAGGCCGACGUCGCCCAAGUGGUCGAGCCUAUCCACUAG